GGAUAUUGUAUCACAUUUCGAUCACGCGGAAAUCGACAGGACUGUCGAUUAGACUCGCUUCUGGUAGAGCUAUUUCAGUUUUGAGUUGCGAGAAUGGCAACUGACAAGAUGACACUCAAGUUGCUGUUUUCUCUAGUUCUUUGCACGGCGAUAUGCCUUGCCGAAGACCCGGAGGAAAAAAUGACAGUACCAGAAAUAAUAAAGUUUUGGGGCUACCCAGCAGAAACCUAUGCAACUAUAACACAAGAUGGCUACGUGUUGACGAUGCAUCGCAUACCGUAUGGUAAGGCUGGUCGUGGAAAAUCUAAUCGCCCUGUCGCGUUUCUGCAACAUGGUUUACUGUGUUCUUCGAGCAACUGGGUGACAAACCUGCCUGAACAGUCUCUGGCCUUCAUGCUUGCUGACGCUGGCUAUGAUGUCUGGAUGGGAAAUGUACGAGGCAAUACAUACUCGACAGCUCACGUUGAGUACGCAAGAAACGAUUCGCGCUAUUGGGCGUUCAGCUGGGAUGAAAUGGCCAAAUACGAUCUACCUGCGAUGAUAAAUCAUGCUCUUUUCAUAUCCGGACAAAAAAGCUUGUAUUAUGUCGGCCAUUCACAAGGGACAAUGAUGGCCUUCUCGGGGCUUUCGAUGAACAAAGAGCUUGCUGACAAAGUAAAUAUCUUCUUUGCCCUAGCACCCGUGGCAAAAGUGGCUCACACAAAAAGCCCAAUAAGAUACCUUGCUUAUUUUACACCUCUCAUCAAGAUAAUGUUUGGAGAGUUGGGCGUCGAAGAUUUCAUGCCAUCAACAAAACUUGUGCAAUGGUUGGCUGAAAAGAUGUGCCCCGAAGAGGCAACAGUAUGUGACAACAUUUUGUUUCUUCUCAGUGGAUACGAUAUAUCCAACCUUAACAAAACAAGAGUUCCUGUUUAUUUCAGCCACACCCCUGCUGGCACUUCUGUGCAAAAUAUCCUUCAUUAUGGUCAGAUGAUACUGAGUCAAAAGUUCCAGGCAUACGAUUAUGGGACAGAGAAGAAUUUGGUGAAGUAUGGAAAAACAAGCCCCAGGCAAUAUUCCCUGAAAGAUCUUAAAACGCCUGUUUAUGCAUACUCUGGUGGCCAAGAUUGGUUGGCAGACCCUCAAGAUGUGAAAUGGCUCAUGUCACAGGUCCCACAUCUAAUAAAGCACCGAAUGAUUGCCAAAUACAACCAUCUCGACUUCAUAUGGGGAGAAGACGCACACAGCAAAGUGUAUCACAGCAUUAUUCGAACGAUGGCCAAGUAUGAACGGCAAAAACAAGGAGAAAUCAAGCAUAAGAAAAGAAAUGGCAAUUGAAUGAAGGGAUUUGAACUGUAUAUUCUUGCAAACUUUUGUUAUAAAAUUUGAUGACUUCCUAAUUCAUUUGAGUGCGAGACACCUACAUUAAAAGACGUUGUGAAUCAAAACAUACAAA